AAAAAAGGAAAAUUGAACUAUCGAAUCUCAAUUCACUUCUCUCCCAAGGCACAGGGUCAUACAUUGAAUAGGCUUAAGCAAGGUUCCACAAGGAGAAAGCCAGAGAGACGGAUAGAGGGGGAGAAAUGGAUCAACAGCAAUUGCUCUUACAGCAGCAACAAGCGCAACAACAACAACAGCAACAGCAACAGCAACAGCAACAAUUUCUCUUAUUACAACAAUUACAGAAGCAAGCGCAACAACAGCAGCACCACCACCAACAACAAGCGGCGGCCAUUUCACGAUUUCCUUCCAACAUCGACGCCCACCUCCGUCCCCCUGGCCUCCAUCGCCCUCUCAAUAUCCAGCAGCAAAACCCUAACCCUAAUUCUAACCCCAAUUUGCAGCAGCAAGGAUCCAAUUUGCCCCAAAAUGCGCAGCAAGCUCAACAUUCACAGCAGCAGCAGCAACAGCAGCAGCAGCAGCAGCAGCAGCAACAACAGCUCCAACAGCAGCAGCAACAGCAACAGCAGCAGAAGGGGAUCCGGCCCCCACUCAACCAGGUGGAGCUCCAGAUGGCUUACCAGGACGCUUGGCGGGUCUGCCACCCGGAUGUCAAGAGGCCAUUUUCUUCUCUUGAGGAUGCCUGUGAAAGAUUACUUCCUUAUCAUGUAGUAGCGGACUAUGAAGCAGAGGAGGAUGAUAGAAUCCUUGAUUCUGACACAACAGGUCAGAUGCCAUCUCGUUCUCAGCAAUGGGAUUUCAAUAUUGCAGCCAAAGUUGCGGAAUUCACAGGCACAUUUGAGAAACAAGCCCUAGCUUUCAACAUAAUAACCCGCAAGCGGGCUUUGGGGGAAUUCCGCUCUGAGGAGAGACUUAUGAUUGAGCAGAUUCUCCUCCAGGAGGAGAAGCGGCUUCUGUUGGAGCUGAAAACUGAAAUGGAUGCCAGGGAGAAAGCUGGUCGUGAGGCUCAGUUGAGAAUGGCUGCCAUGGUUCAGGCAGAGCAAGCUCGUGCAGAAUCACAUGCCCAUGCUGAAAUGAUGGCUCGAGCCCCAAUAAGGGCAAGUGCCCUUGGAUCACGAGGCAACAGUGUUUCAAUUGGUCAUGACAUGGGAGAGCAGGAACACGGUGCAAACACUGAUCAGAUGAUGAAUGGCUGGGGAAACAAUGCACAGAGAGAUGAAAAGGAGCCAUCUGAAGAUUUCUUGAAUGAUGAGGAAACUGAAAAUGGAGACACUGGUGCGCAGGGCGAAUGGCGAGAAGUUGGCGAAUUCGAUCUGAACUCUAGGUGAAUCAUACAAAUAUAUAUCUAGAAGAAAAAAAAAAGUCCAUGGAAGAUCAUGGAACUACCUUCAUGGUAUGAGAAUGAGGGAAUUGCAUUCAGAUACUGCUUCUCUCUCUGUGAAAUGGAUGAAGGACAAACUAAAAGGCGGCUUUGUAAUAUAUUGCAGUAAUUUCUGUACGAUGGUAAAUGCAGCACAUAGCAGACCCAUAGAAAUCUCUUUUGUAGGUGGAAAACUUGGAAGUUCCUUUUGUACAUUUAUCAGUUGAAAACUUGGUUUGUUCCACUAAUUUAACUAUCAUGCACAAGUUUUUCGAGAA